UCUUUCUACUAUUAGAAAUACUGAUGAUGAUAUUCAAAUAUUUGAUGAAGAUAUUAUUUUACCAUUUAAUAUAUCAGAUAAUGAAAUAGAAAAUGAUGAAGAAUAUGAAACUUUAGGUAAUAAAAUAACUAAUGAUUGGCAAAAUAUGAUAGCAAAUUGGAUUGAACUUAUUGAAGAUGAAGUUCAAGAUUUAGAAAUAGAAAAAACAAAUGUAAAUGAAAACUUUGAUAUUACUAUAGCUAAUAUUUCUCAAAUAGUAUAUCCUAUAAAUGAUAUAUAA